GUCCUCACUAUAGUGCGCACUAUAUUCGUUACUGACCAAGUUUGGUCCCGUUUUAUAGCUAACAACGUCACUACAUUUUUAUUUAAUUUUUAUGCUCUUCACGGUAUAAUGCUGCCUUUUCUGCGUCUGAUUAAAUUUUUGCUUAAAUUUGCUGUAAUUUCGUUUAGUAAAUAAGCAAGAAAAACAGAUUUAUUGCCAAUUGUCGGUAGCACACGCGGUGUUCCAGUAUCUUUGUAACCUUCAUAAAAGCAACAACAUUUACAAAAUUAAUUCGCAUCAACAACAUCGAAGGCAGCAAUCAACAGCAAUCAGCAGCGAACAGCAUUACCAGCAGCUUUAAUAACAAGUUUGGCAACUUGUUGAGAUUUUUUUAAUUCGGUUUUGUUUUUCGAAAAUGUUUUUAAAGUUUUAUAUUUUACUAACUUUAGUACUUCAUUAAAUUUUCCUCUUAAAACAUACGAAACUCUGCUGCGAAAACAUACGAAAAUCUACGAAAAUCUACGAAAAUUGUGCUAAAGUGCAAAUCGUGUGAAAACUUAUAGAUUCAGUUACUUUCAAUGUCUCCCACAUAUCGACGCCGUCAAGAACUGUUACUGGAGUCGUUUUCUCAAUUGAGCACCUACGACAUGGACGAACUUGACAAUGGCAUUUAUUGUAACGAGUCGGAGAAUAAUAGUGCAACAGAUUUGAGUAACACAACGGAAAUGGACACAAUGCAGUCUAACAUGAGAACUUUGAGGCGGACUAGAAGUUUGAAUGCCCCAUCUCCAUUUCAACAGUUUGGACCAUGCGGACGUAUAAUGAAAAAUCCAGCUAUGGUUAUGCAAAUUCAAGACCCCGCCAGCCAACGUUUGACAUGGUACAAACCACCACUUACCGUUCUCGUCAUAAAAAAGGUACGAGACUGUACGGUUUUGUCGCCUUUUGUACAAUUGGUUGAGUGGUUGGUACAGGAGAAACAUAUGGUUGUGUGGGUAGAAUCAGCAGUAUUGGAUGAUCCGUAUUUGCAAGAGGAUAAAAAAUUCCAGAGCAUUAAAGAAAAAUUGGUUUCAUUUAAAGAUGGACGUGAUGAUCUCACAGAUCGCAUAGACUUUAUUGUUUGUCUUGGUGGAGAUGGCACACUAUUAUAUGCAUCAUUACUCUUUCAACAAUCGGUACCACCGGUGAUGGCAUUCCAUUUGGGGUCAUUGGGCUUUUUAACACCAUUCCAGUUUGAUAAUUUUCAAGAUCAGGUAACAAAUGUGCUGGAAGGACACGCUGCUUUGACAUUACGCAGUCGAUUACGCUGUGUUAUAUAUAGAAAAAGUGAAAGACGAAGGGACGCGAAUGGAUCACAAAAUCAACUUGAGGAGCAUAUGUCACAACAGCCAAGUACAAUGACUUGCAUUUCGAUGUCAGAUAAUGGCAUCACAAAUAACUUAGACAAUAAAACUUCCAUGGGAAAAUCAGCACAUCGUGCUUCAACAAAUAUAUUGGUACUCAAUGAAGUUGUUAUAGAUCGUGGACCUUCACCUUAUCUCAGCAAUAUAGAUUUAUUUUUGGAUGGAAAAUACAUAACAUCUGUACAGGGCGACGGUUUAAUUGUUUCAACUCCUACAGGCAGCACAGCAUAUGCAGUAGCUGCUGGUGCUUCUAUGAUUCACCCUUCGGUGCCAGCAAUUAUGGUAACACCGAUUUGUCCACACUCAUUGAGUUUUCGUCCGAUAGUAGUACCAGCUGGUGUUGAGCUUAAGAUAUCAGUAUCACCUGAUAGCCGAAAUACGUCUUGGGUCUCUUUUGAUGGGCGCAACCGACAGGAGCUUUUCCAUGGUGAUAGCUUACGAGUAACCACUUCUAUUUAUCCGGUACCCAGUAUCUGCGCACAAGAUCAAAUUUCAGAUUGGUUUGCUUCAUUGGCUGAAUGUUUACACUGGAAUGUGCGUAAGAAGCAAAAAUGUUUAGAUGAGCUUUCAGAUUUAACUGCAUCUGUAUCAGACGAUACGCUUGAUGAAUUUGAACGCCUUCAUGAUCCACUGCUGGAUAAUUAAAAAACUAUAUUAAUCUCCAAUGCAUUGUACAAAAUGCAUGGCAAAAAAAUCUUAAGCAAGUUGUAGUUUAAGCUAUAUAAAAUUCCGUUUAUUCAGAAAAUCGGUUGCCAAUUUUUGAUGUAGCAAUAAAAAAAAGAAUGAA